UCGCAGUUCGCGAUGAUAGUAUACCUUAUCUAUCCUCCAACUAAUCAACCUGCUCUUGCUAUUCUUCUUGAAACUUCAUUUUUGUGGUUAUGUUGCCUUUGAUAGAUCAUUUUACUGUCAUGUUUACUUCUUAUUUAUACGUUUGACAGUUGAUUUUGACAAAUUUCCGCUUUACAACAUUUCUUCCUAAAUAAUAUGAACUAUUUUAUCUAGCAGUAUUUAUUAUUCAGUAAAUGUAACAUUAUCUUAUAUAUAAUUUACAGUGAUUGAUAAAUUUUGCAAGUUAAUGGCCAAUCAAAUGGAGUUUGAGUGGGUGCUUCACGAAGAAGUUCAUUCUUCGCUGUCGCAAUUAAGAAACAUCUUAAUGGAAUGCGCGCAAAGGUUCCCAUUAGCAUUAUUUGGCAAUGAUCAACACAAUAAAACAGAUAGGUUUGUAUUUGCUGCACCUCAUGAUCAAGUAAAAUGUGUGGCAGUUUUAACUGGUGAUAGUAUCACUAACGCGGAAGUAAAUUUUAAAGUACAACGACAACAAAAUAUUAAUAUGAGAACAAGCAUACAGAAUGAGCACCCAUGGAAAUUGCAACAAAUACAGGAUGCUGCCAAUCAUCUACAGCAAGCCAUUGCUCAUAUAGAUAAUGUUGAUCGUCAUUAUCUUUUUAAAACGUCUGAUGAAGUAAUGCAUGUAUUAGGAAACAUACUUGGUUGCCUACAACGUAGCCGAACAAGUUUAAUCGUUCCUAGGAAGAAAACUAUCGAUGAUCUCAUUAAAAGCCGUAAUAUGAAAUCUUUAAAUCCAAAUCUCCCUGAAAAUUUAGCCAUUAGCUUUUACAUUCAGAGCUACAAGUUGGUUCUAGCAGUAUACCAGUUAGAAAAUGCACACGGUAGUGUCAAGUACGAGACGCAACAAGCGGAAUGUAGUGUUCCCUGGCUAAAUGACGCUUUAGUAUUGCUUACUAUAGCGCUACAACUUUGUCAACGAUUAAAAGACAAGAUUUGCGUUUUCUCUCAAUACAAAGAUUUCACAGUUAGCAAUCAUGUUCCUUCUACAGUAAGUUGGUAAUUAAAAUAUCUUCCAAUAGUCAAACAACCCUUGGCUAAAAACAAAGUCAUUUUGUUUAUGUAUAUCACGAUAUGCCACGCUUAAUGCUCCAGCAGCAUUUCUUUGAUGAGUUUUAUAUUUAGAAAUGAAACUUGAUUUCGAAAGUUCGAAAAUAUUUUAGAUGUUUUAAAAAAUAACUCUUAGAGCUUUUAAUAUACAUAGAACUUUCAAAAUUAUAUAUAUGUACAUUUUGAUUGAUACGAUAACAUAACAUAACAUGAAAUCUUUUUGUACAUUAGUACAGGAUUUAAGAUUUUAAUUACUUCAAAGUAUUUUGUCAAUUAGUUGUGUGCCUAUGUUUAUAUUAUAUUUCGUUCUGUUUAAUCUUGUAUAAAGAUUUUCAAUUUAGUAAUUAAGAGUAGUCAUAUAUGUUAUUGCUGAAUUUGAUUAAUGGAAUAAUUAAGCAGUAUAUUUACUAAACUUCCUGUGAUUGUUUGGAAUGUUAUAGAAACUUCUUCUCUUACUAGAUUUUAAUGUCUUAUUCUUAGAAUAAUAUAUGCGAGUUUUAAACUUGUUAACCAUCGAUAGUAAUUAACUAUUGUUUUAUUCAUUUUGAAUUAAUUAUUUAUUUUAUUCACCAAAGAAAAUAAUAUUUAGUAAAUGUUAACGUAUAUUGCCAUUGUAUGACGUUCCUUUCAUCAUACCGUAUCUACGUAUCAAAACGUAGAUAUCUGAAUUGUCGCAUCGAUCGUAAAACUUGAUAUUGAUAGGUUGUUGUUGAUCGAUAUUAUUGUUAUUUAUAUACAUAGCUUAGAAAUUAAGGAUUAAGAAAAAUUUAAAUACACUUAUAAUGAACUUUAGAAUUGUCCUGGGAUAACGAUGAUAGAAAUAUAAUUUUCGCAACUGAAAUCAAACUUCUUCUUUUGUUAUAUUAACAAGUUAAAACAUUCAUUAUUCUGUGAAUUGAAUAUAAGGAAUUAAAUUAUAAAGUUUCUUGCAAAAAGUUGCAAAGAUUAAUUUGUUUUUAAAUUCGUGAUUAAGUUUAUUCAGUUUUAUGAAAGAAAAAAGGAAAAAUGUGCAUAGAAUUAACUAUGUUUAUUUUUAUUUGGAAUGUUAUAGUUUUACAAGUGCUGUGGUAUUAGGAAUUUACAGUCUUACUUUAUGCACUAUAUUUUUGGAGCUUUUACUUUUGUGUUAUGUACUUAUACAUAUAUAUUACAUUCUAUUGACAUUACAUAAAUUACAUUUUCUUUAUAUUAAUUUGUUAUGUUUAGCAUGAAAUCCACAAUAGUACUUAAACAGUGAUCAUUGAAAUAACUGAAUGCAAUGUAAUAUUUAUUUUAUUCAGUUUGUAUUUUCUAAUAUGAAAAUAAUUUUAAAUACAAAUUUUCUGUAAAGAAUAACUUAUGUUAUAAUUCAGUUUAUAAAAACGAAUAAAAAACAAAAGUAAUAUUUUUAAUGCUUUCUUUUUUACAUGUAAAUAUUAUAUUUAAUAGCAGUUGACAAGUUAUAAUGUUAGUAGUUAUAGUAUAUAUCGUUCUAAUCGCAGGGUAUUAAUAAUAGUUAUACUACCGGUUAGCCGCAUAAUUAACAACAUUUAUACAUUUCUAAUGUUGGAGAGAGAGCGCUUACAACGGGCACAGCAACAUGUUAUUAUAACUAGUGCUAUUUUUCUUAAAAAGGAACAAAUUACUUUCACAAUAAUAAAUAAUGUUUCAUAAUUACAAGAACUGUUAAUAAUGUUAUCAAAAUCAGGUAUAGAGUGCUUUUAAAUAUAUAAUGCUUUAAGAAAAAAGCACUGGUUUUUCUGAUAGAAAAGGAAAAGUUAUGAAAAUUGACAAUAAUGAAAAAAAAAAAAGUAAAUGCUUUUCUUUAUAUCAUUGUUACACUCUAUCAAUACAAUAUGCAAAAAUAAAUAUUUGAUUGCUAUGAAACAUUCAA